AUGAAUUAAGCUAUAUAUAGAGAGCUUCUUCCCCAAGAAUACAUUGAAAGAUUCACAAAAUAAAGCAUUAGAGAAGAUGGAAGAUAGUUUGAAUAAAUCAGAUCUAUUAAAUAUUUGAGAAAAAAUGAAGUAAGUUUGUUAAGCAUGGGAUAAACCCUAGUUAUGGCAAGUACUGAAAUCAAGCAGUACGAAGAUAAACAAGUUAAUCAAUUGGUCACUUCUUAGAAAUAUUUAAUUGAGGCAGAGGCUAAAUUAAAUUCAGGAUAACAUGGAUCUAGCGAUGUUUUCUCUCCAAUCGAUAUUAUGAAAUAAGAAAGCUACUACUCUUAAUAUAUUUAGAAUAUAAUCAACAAAAAUUACCAAGCAAUUUAUGCAAUAUGUCAAAUCAGCAAGGAAAUUCCUAACUUGUAUUGGGAAAUAAAGUUGAAUUUAAGAGUUGUGAAUAAUGAUGGUAAUUUGUUAGAUGCUCUGCUAUUAGCUGCAUAAUUCGAACUUUUUAACUGCUAGGUGAAUUAAACUGUUGUAAAGACAAUUGAUGGAGCUUUGUAAUUAGAAAUAAUUGAAGAUAAAAAGAAACAUUUGGAAUUCAAUAUUGAAGAUUUCUUAUAUCCAGUCUAAUGUAGCUUAUUUUAAAAUGAAGUUAUUAUAGUUGAUCCAAGCAACUUUGAACAAGAAUACUCUGAAGCCAAUAUAUAAGUUAUUUCUUCACUAAACAAUAAAACUCAAAGCAUAAAUAAGUUAGGUGCAAGAGAUAUUAAAUUUGAAGCCUUAGAAGUAGUUUCUGCAAAAGCAAGCCAAAUCACUUAACAAAGAAGAUAAAAUUUAUAUGAACUUUUAACUAAUCACAAGCAAGAAUUUACAUUAUGA